AUGUCUGUCAGCAACAAUCACUCAGAGCCGAGCCGGGUACCAACAAAUCAGCUGCAAUUGACCUUGUUCAUGGAGGAGUACCCGGUAAGCACCUGUUUGCUUAGCUGUUAUGUCUGCAUGUGUAGGAGGUGAUAGAAGUAUGAAUUAAACUUCUCUGCAGGAUUGUAAACUAUGAAAUGUGCAUAUGAGAAGAGUAGUAAAUCUCUUGGUAAGAUAAAGAUCAGAGCACAGUAUGUAUGCUUUGAAGCAUGCGUGUGGGUGUGUGUGUCCAUCUGUUUGUGUGACCUCAGUGUCCUCACCAUACUGUAUCUCCGGCCCUGCAGACCGUGUAUCCCCCUAUGAGUGGGAGGCUCCAGGCGUUUGAUGUGGCUGACGGUCGCCUCCUCUCUCCCUCUGGCCUCAGAUCAGUGGCCCCGGGCCCGCGUGGGUUGGUCUGGUUAAGAUGACCGCAGCGGCGAUGGUCAGCUGCCAAACCCACUGGUCAGGUCCUCCUCAGUCACAUGACCUGGGUCGGUCAUGUGACCCAGAGGGGGCAGCCAAUAGUGUUGCCUUUUCAUGCGGUGGGAAAACAUUCCAACAGCUGGCCUCGGACGGGUCCAGAAACAUCUGCAACGUCCGCCACUGGUGA